AUGUUUGAUACUUCUCCACUUUAUCUUUCUGCUGAUGGGCUUAAGAAAGUUGCAGCACAACAACUAGAGGAAGAUUUUACUUUUAUUGUUGGCAAGAAAAAUUAUACUUGUAAUUCAUAUUUUGCAGAAUUUUUCUCACCUUUGAUAGCAAGAAUGCGUGCGGAAGAUAGCACUAUAAAUACGUUUACUAUAGACAUCCCUGAUCCUGAUGAUUACUUUAAUCUUGUCAUACAAUUAAUGCAAGGAUUUGAAGUUGACGCAAAUGUUCAAGAAUCGAUAUUUUUACGAAAAGUCGGAUCAUUAUUAGAGAAUACAGAAAUGAUGGAAGCAUUUUCAUUUGUAAAUACAACGAGAUUAACUAAUCAAAACGUAGUUUCGACUUUUGAAGAGAAAAUGGAACUUGGAAGGGAUACAAGGAAAGAAAUACAGUAUAUAGCAUCACAUUUUUACUCAUUAAAGAAAGAAUCUCUAUUCGAUUUAAGUUUAGAUACACUUAAGAAGUUAUUUAGUCAUCCUGAUCUCAAAAUUGAAUCAGAAAACUCAUUAUAUUCAUUUAUUACUGAGCUUAUCUCAAAAAGAGGCCCAGAAUUCAAACAAUUAUUAUCAUAUGUCCAAUAUCAAAGCCUUACUAACGAUUUAAUCAGCAAUCUCUCAACAUACGUGAAUCCCCAAGACUUUACAGAGAUCCCUGGCCUCUGGGAAGCCAUAGUUAAAAGAAUUACUUGCCAACAUAAGCCAUUACGCCUCAAACAUCGCUAUAUCCAUCACGACAUUAGUAUUCCUUUCAACGGCGAGCCAUUUAAAGGCAUAUUUACCUAUAUUACCGAGCACGUUACGAAUGGAAAAAAUCCGAUCGAAGAAGGAGUUAUAGAAGUGAGUGUCUCUCGUGAGGAAUGCCAAGUAUCACCUGCCAAUCUCAUCAAAUACUCCAGUCCUGCUUCAAAAUGGUACUUAGUCGAGCAGGAAGAUUCUUGGGUUUGUUUUGACUUCAAAAACGCUCGUGUUGCAAUAAACGCUUACACGAUGUGUUCAGGAACAGACUCUAGUUACUGGGAUUAUCCUGUCAGCUACACGUGGGAAGGCAGCGAAGACAAGAAAGUGUGGGUUGACAUUGAUUCGAAAGAUGAAAACUCUGAAAUGGGAGGAAACGACAAAACUCACACCUGGGUCAUUCCUACCUUGUCUCAGAUGUUUAGAUACGUGAGAUUUAGACUGAGGAAUGUGACAAGAAGAGGCGGAUUGUAUACACCUAUGAUUGAACUGUUUGGUGCUUACGAACCACCUUCAAAACUUAACUAA